CGACAUCAUCUCUCUCCCACCCCACUCCUCUCUGGCAGCUACUCUGCAAGCAGCCAUCAAUCUGAAUCCCAAAGGCCCCAGAAAUUCUGUUCUCUAUGACCUCCCGCUGAUCUUCUGCCUCAGCCAGCCAGAGGCACCAUGAAACUGGCAUUCACCGAGAAAAACUACAGCAGCUUUGUCCUCCAGAGCCUGAACAAACAGAGGAAACAAAAAGAGUAUUCGGACAUGGCCCUAACGGUGGACCAAGACCACGUCUUCUUUGCACAUCGCAACGUGCUGGCUGCCGUCUCUCCGCUGGUGAAGAAUCUCAUGGCCGGCAACGACGUGACGACCACCGAUGAGCUCUUCAUCAACAUUGACGCCAACUACCUGAGCGCGGCCACGGUGGAGCAGCUCCUCGACUACUUCUACAGUGGCAAGGUGGUGAUCUCAGAGCAGAACGUGGAGGAGCUGCUCCGGGCCGCCCAGUACUUCAACACACCGCACCUCCAAGUUCACUGCAGCGACUUCCUUAUUAAGUCCAUCCGCCAGGCCAACUGCUUGCGCUACCUCUUCUUGGCCGAGCUGUUCGAGCUCAAAGAGGUGUGGGGCCUGGCCUACUCCGGCACUCGGGACAACUUCCACUACUGGGCCAGUCCCGAGGGCUCCGCGCACUUCCUGCACUGCCCGCCCGUCAUCUUCGGCCGCCUGCUGCGCGAUGAAAACCUUCACGUGCUCAACGAGGACCAGGCGCUCAGUGCGCUCAUCAACUGGGUGUACUUCCGGAAAGAGGAGCGGGCCGAGUACUUCAGGAAGUUCUUCAGCUACAUCAAUCUCAAUGCCGUCACCAACCAGACGCUGGUGUUUGCCAGGAACAAGCUCGUGGACAUGGAGAGCAGCUCGAGCCACGUCACGCUGAUCGAGAGCGUCCUGGUGAACCGCAAGCAAGAGCGGCCAUGCAGCCUGCUGGGCUACCAGCGCAAAGGGUCCCUGCUCGACUGUGUGGUGCUCCUCGGGGGCCAGAAUGCUCAGGGAAAGUUCAACGAUGCUGUCUUUGCCUAUAUCAUCCAGGAGAACCUGUGGGUGAAGCUCUCCAAGAUGCCCUACCGGGCAAUGGCUCUGAGUGCCACCUCUGCCGGUCGCUACAUCUACGUCUCCGGUGGCACCACGGAACAGAUCUCAGGGCUGAAGACAGCGUGCCGGUAUGACAUGGAUAACAACUCCUGGACCAGCCUGCCCGACCUGCCCAUCGGGCUGGUCUUCCACACCAUGGUGACCUGCGGGGGCACGGUGUACUCGGUGGGCGGCAGCAUCGUCCCGCUGCGCUACGUCUCCAACAUCUAUCGCUAUGAUGAGCUCAAGGAGGCCUGGUGCCUGGCAGGGAAGAUGAACAUCCCCAUGGAUGCCACGGCCGUGGUUACCAGGGGCGACCAGAACCUGUACAUCGUCACUGGGCGGAGCUUGGCGAAAGGCCAAAUCUCCCGGGUCGGGGUAGUGGACUGCUUCGACACCAGCACUGGGGAGGUGGUCCAGUGUAUCACCUUCCCCAUCGGGUUCAACCACCGGCCCUUGCUCUCUUUCCAGCAGGAAAACAUCCUCUGCGUGCACAGCCACCGGCAGAGCGUGGAAAUCAACCUGCAGGAGAUAAAGGCCAACAAGACCACCGCCUCGGUGCCUCUCUUGCCCAACGACUGUCCUUUGGAUGUGUCCCAAGCUAUAUGUUCCAUUGGAGACGGCAAGGUGUUUGUAUGUGGAGGUAUCAUCAGGGCCAGCGAUGUUCAGACCAAGGACUACACCAUCAAUCCAAACGCCUACCUACUGGACCAAAAGACUAACAAGUGGCAGACCCUGGCCUCUCCGCCAGAGGCGCUGGACUGUCCCGCCUGCUGUCUAGCCAAGCUACCCUGCAAAAUUCUUCAAAGGAAUUAAACAGCUUUGUAAGUGGGAGAAUAA